AUGUACACAGCUCUCACAUUUCUAUCGGUGAUAAUUGGGACACCAGAUCAGGAUCUGCCCAAUGGCUGUCCAGCAAACUCAUACACAAGUGUACUUCGGCCGCACGAGUCCGACUGCUCGAAAUUCUACAUUUGUAACAAUGGCAACAAGGUUGAAAUGACAUGUACGUCCGGCACAUUAUUCGAUGUGAAUUUAGGAGUGUGCAACUUGCCGUUUGCAGUCAAUUGCCAAAAUUCUGCAUCAAAUUCUAAUCCGACAUCAAGUUCUACAUCAACAUCAACACCAGCAUCAACAUCAACAUCAACUUCAGCACCAACAGCCACUCCGUUGCCAUUAACCGGUCCUAAAAGUUGUCCUGUAGACUCCAGUGGUAAUAGUACCCUGAUACCCCACGAAACAGAUUGUGGCCAUUAUUAUGUAUGCAACAAUGGACAGACACUUGAUAUGCCUUGCUUGAAUGGAAAACUGUUUGAUUACAAGCUUCAGAUGUGCGUAAUAGCACAACUGGUGACAUGUUAUCCUGGAACAAGUAAGGGAUCACCAUCAGCAUCUUUACCAUCAGCAGAAAACCCCACAGAUUUAUCGUCCCAAGAAUGUCCAAAGGACAACGAGACAGAGUACUUACUGCCCCAUGAGGACGAUUGUUCCAGAUACUACAAAUGCAUGUACGGUGGUAAAAUCUUCAUGGCUUGCGAUCGUGGAACCUUGUUCGAUUACAAUUUGAAGACUUGUAUAUACCUGGCAACGUGUUAUCCAGGAGCGACCACUCCAGCUGCAUAUGCUGGUAAAAUGUUCAUUCGUAGGAAGAGCUAA